GGCGGCGAGCGUAAGUCGCUCUUUUGCUGCCACCGCUACAGACGGAAAUACAGGCAGCGUCAGAGCCGGUUUGCGUGUGGAGCCAACCGCUGUCACUUGGCCGACAGUUUCUCUCCUGUAAGCGUUCUCCGACAGCCAUCUGCGAAAGCCAUGGCGGAUAAAAUCAAGUGUGGACCGGUGGUGGAUAUCCUCGGAGAUGAAAUGACGAGGAUAAUCUGGGACAUCAUCAAGGAGAAACUGAUUUUCCCCUUCCUCGACGUGGAGCUGCAUACCUAUGAUUUGGGUAUGGAGAACCGCGAUGCCACCGAUGACCAGGUGACGAUCGAUUGUGCGAACGCCAUCAAGAAGUACAAUGUCGGAAUCAAAUGCGCUACCAUCACCCCCGACGAAGCCCGAGUCGAGGAAUUCAAAUUGAAGAAAAUGUGGAGAUCCCCGAACGGAACCAUCAGAAAUAUCCUAGGAGGGACUGUUUUCCGGGAGGCUAUCGUGUGCAAAAACGUUCCCCGACUCGUGCCCGGGUGGCAGAAGCCCAUCGUCAUCGGCCGUCACGCCUUCGGGGACCAAUACAAGGCAACCGAUUUUGUGGUGCCUGGAGACGGCAAGCUGCAAAUUACUUUCAGCGGCGAUGAUGGCCGGACGAUCUCGCAUGAGGUCUUCCACUUCAAAGGAACCGGAGGUGUAGCCAUGGCGAUGUAUAACACGGAUGAGAGCAUUGUGGAGUUUGCCAGGGCUUCAAUGAAGUACGCGCUGGACCGAAAGCUGCCUCUUUACCUGUCGACGAAGAACACCAUCCUCAAGAAAUACGAUGGCCGUUUCAAGGACUUGUUCCAGGAUGUUUACGAAAAGGAAUUCAAAUCUCAAUACGAGGCUGCUGGACUGUGGUACGAGCACCGUCUCAUCGAUGACAUGGUAGCGUAUUGCAUGAAGUCCGAAGGCGGUUUCGUUUGGUCAUGCAAGAACUACGACGGAGACGUUCAGAGUGACUCCGUGGCUCAAGGCUUCGGGUCUCUCGGACUCAUGACUUCGGUGCUCAUCUGCCCAGACGGUAAAACUGUCGAAGCUGAAGCGGCCCAUGGCACCGUAACGAGGCAUUACCGGAUGCAUCAACAAGGGAAGGAAACGUCGACAAACCCGGUCGCUUCAAUUUUCGCGUGGACUCAAGGCUUGGCGCAUAGGGCAAAGCUCGAUUCCAAUGAGAAGCUCGCGAAGUUCUCCUCGGCGCUCGAAGCUGUCUGCGUUGAGACCAUCGAAGCCGGUUUCAUGACCAAGGAUCUUGCUUUGUGCAUCAAGGGCUCUCUCGACAAGAUCGAGAGGUCGGACUAUCUGAACACGUUCGAGUUCUUGGACAAGAUCGCUGAGAACCUCAAGAAAAAACUUUCACAGUGACUAGUUCUCACAGAGAGCAAGCUUUGAUCUUUUGUGUGGGGCAGGGAGGCCAUCUCUUCCCUCUUAGUCUGACGCUCUCGCUCAACGAGUUACCACUCACCACCUGUGUAGGAAAUUCUGAGAAUUUUUCUAUGUGACCUAGUGCAAUUGAUGUGACCGACUGAUUUACUGGAAGUCUGCAAUAUUUCUCAAAAUAAAGAUCUG